CUAUCUUUGCUGUCGCUUCUUUGAUGACGUCGUAUCAGCGCGACUAAAACGUAAAGCGUACAUCAGCGGCCUGUGUUUUCACUCGAGUGCUGCAAUUUUUGUCUUUUGUGGAGGAUUUGUCUCUACAGCCCGUCACAAUCAUGAAACUCGUCAGGUUUUUGAUGAAACUCAGCCAUGAAACUGUUACCAUUGAACUGAAGAAUGGCACCCAAGUCCAUGGCACCAUCACAGGUGUUGAUGUGAGCAUGAACACCCACCUGAAGGCGGUGAAAAUGACCCUGAAAAACAGGGAGCCCACUCAGCUGGAAUCACUGAGUAUCCGUGGCAACAACAUUCGCUACUUUAUCCUUCCCGACAGCCUCCCACUGGACACCUUGCUGGUUGACAUUGAGCCAAAGGUCAAGUCCAAGAAGAGAGAAGCAGUGGCUGGACGGGGACGAGGCAGAGGACGAGGCCGCGGCAGAGGAAGGGGACGAGGCCGGGGUGGCCCGAGGAGAUGAUCACCAGGCCGUACAUUUGCUGACCAACACCCCACUGUUUGUACAGGAUUUUUUUUCUCAGAGGAAACAUUUUGUGAAUUUCCAUGUUUUUUUUGUUCCGUUUUGUUUUUCCUUAUUUUGUACAUUAAAGUCCUUAUCAAGAGGAUAAA